AUAAAUUAGCAUCUCCGCCUCUGUUUCCGAUCAUGGCGGAUCACGGAAAUGGAGAUUCUCUCCACAUCGCCGUCUUCCCCUGGCUCGCCUUCGGCCACAUGCUCCCCUUUCUCCGCCUCUCCAAGUCGCUGGCCAAGCGCCGCCACCGCGUCUCCUUCCUCUCCACCCCGAGAAACAUCGCCCGCCUCCCUAAACUCCCUCCCGAUGUCGCACCGUUUAUUGACUUCGUACCUUUACCUUUGCCGCCUAUCGACAACCUCCCGCUCGACGCCGAGUCCACAAAUGACCUCCUUCCGGACCAAGUUCAGUACUUGAAGAAGGCGCUCGACGGACUGCAGAGUCCCUUCGCGUGCUUCCUCCGGUCGACAAAACCAGACUGGGUGAUCAUCGACUUCUGCCAGCACUGGGCACCAGCCAUCGCUGCCGAGCUCAACGUCCCCUGUGCGUAUUUCUCUAUUUUUCGCGCCUCGACCUUGUUCAUUUUUUCCGACAAGAUCACCAGGCCGACAUCGCUGCUGACCCCUGAGGAGUUCACCAAGCCGCCGGAAAGCGUCCCGUUUCCGACCACCCUCGCCUUCCGUCUCUACGAGGCGAAGGGGGUGAUCUGGGCGUACCGAGACAAUGCCUCCGGCAUCAGCGACAUGCAACGCAUCACCUCUGUCCUGAAAGCGAGCAACUUGGUCGCCUUCCGGAGCUGCUUCGAACAUGAAUCCUCUUGGCUGUCGCUCUUCGCGACGCGAUUUUGCGCCGGAGACGUCGUGCCGGUCGGCCUGCUGCCCACGCCGGAGGACGAACUAGCAUCGCACGCCGAAGCGCAGUCAUCGUCGACGGCGACCAUCCUCCGGUGGCUGAGCGAGCAACUGCCGAGGAGCGUCGUCUACGUCGCGAUAGGGAGCGAGGCGACACUGAGCGCAGAGCAGGAGCGCGAGCUGGCCUCAGGGCUGGAGCUCUCGGCGAUGCCGUUUCUUUGGGCAGUAAGAAAGCCGUCAGGCUCGGGAGCAGGCGGAGGCGGCGGCUCUCGGCGCCACCACCACGGGAUGGUGAUCGAAGGUUGGGUUCCGCAGCUGGAGAUCCUCCGGCACAAUUCUGUGGGGGCCUUCCUGACGCACUGCGGAUACAGCUCGGUGAUCGAGGGCCUCCAGUUCGGACUGCCGCUGGUGAUGCUGCCGUUGAUCGUCGACACUGGACUGAUCGCUCGGUGGUGCGUGGAAAUGAAGGUGGGAGAGGAGGUGGCGAGGAACGAGGCCGAUGGGUCGUUCACUGGAGAAGACGUGGCGGUGGCUAUAAGGAAGGUGAUGGUGGAAGAGGAAGUAGGGAAGGCGUUCCGAAGCAACUCUGAGAAGCAACGGGAAGUCUUCGCCGACAUGAAGCUCCACGAGUCCUACGUGGACAGCUUCAUCCAACGACUGAGAUCAAAAGGAGACUACAACAUCAAUCUCCAUGAACUGCAAGCCAGAAGCUCUCAAUAAUUCUGCCAUCUGAUUUCAAUUUAAUUUCUGCACUCUGUUUGAGGACUUUAUCACAAUAUGUAUUGCGUGGACUUUGUCACUAUAUGGAUUGCAUCGUUUUUAUAA